GCCAUUAAUGUUCGUUUCAAAUGGUUAACAAUUAUUAUUAUUCAACUUCUUGUACCGUGUCAACAAUUAUCACCUAAACGGCAAAAUUUUACGAUAAUAUGAUAAUAUAAUUAAGUUGUGUUCGAUUCAUAUUUUUUUAGUUUUUAUUGGAAAUAUUCGAAAUUUUUAAUUUGUUUUUUUGUGUAUUUGGUUGAACAAAAAUUUGUUUGUGAACAACUAUAAGCGUGGAUAUACCUAAGGAUAAAAAACGUAUGUACGUGUCCGAUUACAAUACGCAAUCAAAUAUAGUAUUAUGCAAUGGGCGGUAACACUGAUCGAAUUUAUGAUUUAGAUGCAAUUCUUUUAGAACUUGGAAAUUUUGGUCCGUUUCAAAUAAAAAAUUAUUUUUUAUUAACAAUACCAAUAUUUGCAUCCGCCUUAUAUACCAUUAGUUUUGUUUUUACGGCAGCCAAUCCACAGUACAGAUGCUAUAUACCAGAAUGUGAAAAUUUAACAGAUACAACAUACAACACAGAUUGGUUAAAAAAUGCGAUACCAUUUAAAAAUGAUGAACCAAAACAAUGCUCUCGAUACGAAAAUGUACAUACAAAUGAUUCAAUUGCCUUUUAUAAAGUUGGCGAAGAAAUUUGUCCUGCAUCUUGGUUUGAGCACAAGGAAUAUAAAUGUAAGGAUGGUUACGUAUUUAACACGAAGCAUACAUCGAUAGCUAAUGAUUUUGAUAUAUUAUGCAAGGAUCAAUGGAAACUUACAUUACCUGGAACAAUUCACAAUGUGGGGCAAUUUAUUUCUAUGCCGCUAACUGGUGUUGUCUCUGAUAAAUUUGGUAGAAAAUUUGCAUUGAGUGUUGGAUUACUAGCAAGUGCAAUAUUUGGUCUGGCCCGUUCAUUUUCACCAAAUUAUAUUUGGUAUAUUACUACUGAAUUUUUGGAUGCGGCAAUUGGUUCGGCUGCAUAUGCCUCAGCUUUUAUUUUAGGGACUGAGUUUGUAAAUCCUUCAAAACGUGUAUUGAUUGCAACAAUUAUUUGUUCUGCGUACGCAAUCGGAGAAGCAUUUGUUGGGAUGGUAGCUUUGAAUGUUCUAUCAUGGAGACGUUUGCUUCAAUAUUUAUAUGGACCUGGAUUAAUAUUAAUCGUUUAUUAUUGGAUCGCUCCUGAAUCCGUACGAUGGUUAAUAUCGAAGGGUCGCCAUCAAGAAGUGGAAAAGAUUAUUAAAAGUGCUGCAAAAGAAAAUGGUGUAACAUUAUCAGAUAAAGCAUUGUCUGCUAUGGAAGCAAAUGCUGGAGUAUCCUCGGAAUCAUUAAUUAGUAAUCAUACGGAAUAUAAAUUAAAGGAUGUAUUAAAGAAUAUACCAAUGUUGUUUCGUGUAAUAAACUGUUCGAUUUGUUGGAUCACAUGUGUAUUUGUAUAUUAUGGUUUAUCAUUAAAUUCUGUUGAAAUUGCUGGCAAUAUUUAUUUAAAUUUUAUAGCUGUAUCAUUAGUAGAAAUUCCUGGAUAUUUGGCAAGUUAUCUAUGUUUAGAUAGAUUUGGACGUAAAAAAUCACUCUGCUCUUCAUUUUUCCUAGCUGGAAUAUCUUGUAUAUCGUUUAUAUUUGUCAGUAAAGAUAUGCUAACAAUAAAAUUGAUAUUAUUUUUAUUUGGUAAAUGUGCCAUAACAAUGUCGUUCGCCGUAAUUUAUGUAUAUACUGCAGAAUUAUUCCCAACACCUUUACGACAAACUUUAUUAGGAUUAUGUUCAAUGUUCGGACGAAUUGGAUCAAUGAUUGCCCCACAAAUGCCCUUAUUGGCAAAAUUAUGGGAACCACUUCCAGUAUUUUCAUUUGGUGUCAUGUCGUGUAUAUCUGCCCUAUUAGUAUUAUUUUUCCCAGAGACUUUAAAUAUUAAAUUACCUGAUACAAUUGAAGAAGCUGUAAAUAUUGGGAAAAAAGUUUGAUAUUUUAAUUAUAAUUGUUUUAAAUUAUUUUAUUUUGUAAAAUAUUAUAUAUUUUGUAAAAUUGUUACUAUUAAAUUUAAUACAAAUUUUAUUUA